CUUUUUUCACAGGAUGUUACCAAGUUGACGCCCCUCUCACCAGAAAUCAUCAGCAGACAAGCAACAAUCAACAUAGGCACCAUUGGUCAUGUAGCCCAUGGUAAAUCAACAGUAGUUAAAGCCAUCUCUGGUGUACAUACUGUCCGGUUUAAGAAUGAGCUGGAAAGGAAUAUCACCAUCAAACUUGGUUAUGCCAAUGCUAAGAUUUACAAACUUGAUGACCUAAGCUGUCCUAGGCCUGAGUGUUAUCGCUCCUGUGGCAGCAGCACCCCUGAUGAAUUUCCAACAGACCUACCUAACACAAAGGGAAAUUUUAAAUUAGUCAGACAUGUAUCCUUUGUAGAUUGCCCAGGCCACGACAUUUUGAUGGCAACUAUGCUGAACGGUGCAGCUGUUAUGGAUGCUGCAUUGUUGUUAAUAGCUGGCAAUGAAUCCUGCCCACAACCCCAGACAUCCGAGCAUUUGGCAGCUAUUGAAAUAAUGAAACUAAAGCACAUUCUUAUUUUACAAAAUAAGAUUGACCUGGUAAAAGAGAGUCAAGCCAAGGAACAAUAUGAGCAGAUUCUUGCAUUUGUACAAGGUACAGUUGCAGAGGGGGCUCCUAUCAUUCCCAUAUCGGCUCAGCUGAAAUAUAACAUUGAAGUAGUCUGUGAAUACAUUGUAAAGAAAAUCCCAGUGCCUCUACGAGACUUCACCUCAGAGCCCAGACUUAUUGUUAUCAGAUCUUUUGAUGUCAACAAGCCAGGAUGUGAAGUUGAUGAUCUAAAAGGAGGAGUAGCAGGAGGCAGUAUUCUGAAAGGCGUAUUAAAGGUGGGACAGGAAAUAGAGGUUCGGCCUGGAAUUGUGUCCAAGGAUAGUGAAGGAAAACUUAUGUGCAAGCCAAUCUUUUCAAAAAUUGUGUCUCUAUUUGCUGAGCACAAUGACUUGCAGUAUGCUGCUCCAGGGGGCCUUAUUGGUGUUGGCACUAAGAUUGACCCAACAUUGUGUCGUGCUGAUCGUAUGGUCGGGCAGGUUCUUGGUGCAGUUGGUGCGCUGCCUGAAAUCUUUACAGAGCUGGAAAUUUCUUACUUCCUUUUGCGACGUCUCCUCGGAGUUCGCACAGAAGGGGACAAAAAGGCAGCAAAGGUGCAAAAACUAUCUAAGAAUGAGGUUCUGAUGGUCAAUAUUGGUUCCCUAUCCACUGGAGGCCGUGUUAGUGCUGUAAAAGCCGAUUUAGGAAAGAUUGUGCUCACAAACCCUGUGUGCACAGAAGUAGGAGAGAAAAUAGCUCUCAGCCGAAGAGUUGAAAAACAUUGGCGUUUGAUUGGCUGGGGUCAAAUAAGAAGAGGCGUAACAAUAAAGCCAACUGUAGAUGAUGAUGACUAA